UUCCCCAUCUCUAUAUUUGAAAAUAAUAUCAUUUUGCAAAUCUAAGCACUUACUUUGGUCAGCUUUCAAACAUCCCUUUUAAAUUUUUAUCACUCAUUUGUGCCUGCCAGACCUCAAUAUUGCAUUUUGCAUGCAGGAUUUCCUCAACAGUUUACCACAAGAUGCUGCCCACUUCUUUAUCUUGAGAGCAAUUAACUUAUUUUCAGAGUCGGUGUUGGCACAUUUUUGGAUACGCUUGGGAAUACCCACUUUUAUCAGCUUUGACAGUCAGUCCCCAGAGAACUCCAACGUUGGAAGUGCUCAUGGUUUUCAAAGAGGAGUCUCGGACGUGUCUUCUGAGUCAGCAUCAGGGGCCGGGCCGGCAGCCUCCGUGGUCCUCUCAGCUCUCGCACUCUGUCACUCUAGAAUGAAGGAUGCCAAGCACACCUGUUCUGUUCCUCUCUUAGCAGGUGCCACUUCCUUUGGAGGGAUGGGAUGGGCCAACGAGAGUGCCCUGGUGGGUUUCAUCCUCUUAGGCUUCUCGGAUCACCCUCACCUGGAGGCUGUGCUUUUUGUAUUUGUCCUGUUCUUCUACUUGCUAACCCUCGUGGGGAACUUCACCAUCAUUGUUGUCUCCUACUUGGAUCCCCCUCUGCAUACCCCGAUGUACUUCUUCCUCGGCAACCUCUCUGUCCUGGAUCUCUGCUUCACCAGCAGCCUUGCCCCUCAGACCUUAGUCAACCUGCGAGGACCAGAGAAGACCAUCACUCACAGCGGCUGUGUGGUGCAGCUCUACGUUUCUCUGGCCCUGGGCUCCACCGAAUGCGUCCUCUUGGCAGUGAUGGCCUUGGAUCGCUACAUCGCCAUAUGCAGACCCCUGCACUAUGUUGUCAUCAUGAGCCCACGCAUAUGCUGGCAGCUGGCCUGCGCCUCCUGGCUCAGUGGCUUGGCCAAUGCCCUGGUCCACGCCACCCUUGCCUUGCAGUUGCCUCUCUGUGGCAGCCACAGGCUGGACCAUUUCAUCUGUGAAGUCCCAGCUCUCCUCAAGCUGGCCUGUGUGGACACCACCAUCAAUGAGCUGGUGCUCCUGGGGGUGAGCGUCCUGUUCCUCGUACUCCCGCCGGCAUUCAUCCUCAUCUCCUAUGGCUUCGUCACCCAGGCUGUGCUGAGGAUCAGGUCAGUGGAGGCGAGGCACAAAGCCUUCAGCACAUGCUCCUCCCACCUGGCGGUGGUGGUCAUCUUCUACGGCACCAUAAUCUACAUGUACCUGCAACCCAGCCACAGUUACGCCCAGGACCAAGGCAAGUUCAUCUCUCUCUUCUACACCAUGGUCACCCCCACCUUGAAUCCCAUCAUCUACACGUUGAGGAACAAGGACAUUAAAGAGGCACUAAAGAGACUUUUUUCCGGACAGCUGUGCACCACAUGGAGGUGGUGCUCCAGGCACUGGUUGUGAGCCCUGUGACCCAGCGUUGUCUUGGUCACACUCAGAGUUCCAAACACCAUGCCCGUGCAGUUGCCAUCCCUUCAUUUCAUCCUGUAACCAAGGAAGGUGUGCUAUUUAACCAGGAGCUCAGGCCUCAGGGAAGAGAUCUCUGCAUGGGUGUAACCUGGGAGCCUCACCUCAACGUUCAGACUUUAUUUUUUAAAAGACUUAUUUGAAAGAGUUACAGGGAGGGGGAGAGACAGAGAGAGAUUUUCCACCUGCUGGUUCAUUCCACAGAUGGCCAUAACAACUAGGGCAGGGCCAGGUUGAAGCCAGAGGCCAGGAGCUUCAUCUGGGUCUCCCAUGUGGGUGCAGGGGCCCAAGUAUGUGGGUCAUCUUCCACUGCUUUCCCAGGUGGGCUAACAGGGAGCUGGAUUGGAAGUGCAGCAGUCAAGACAUGAACUGGUGCCCAUGUGGGAUGCUGGCAUCACAGGCAGCAGCUUUACUUGCUACACCACAAUGCUGGUCCCAAACUUUAUUUCUGAUACUUAUUCCCAGAAAUUCAAACAAUUAAAUGUUACAUAUCUAACAGUGGUUUCUCAGUUAUGAGGUUUUUAAUAAUUUGAGUGAAAUGUUUAGUUUUUGGCCAAAGACUUUUUAUUUACUUCAUAAUGUCACACAUUAAAGUUGCAUGUUACAAAAUGACAGAUUUCUACAUGUGCUUCCUCUGUCAGGCAGAAAAUUUGUCCCAGUGCCUGGAUAGGAGGGAUAUCAUAUUAACUGUUCUUCUCCAUAGAUUGUUUCUUAUUUAAAAAUAUAUUUUCAGAAUUCAAAGAUGGGUGGAAGAGAAGAAAUACUCAAAGCAUCGUUUUUUUUUCUUUUUUUUUUUUACAGCUUAGCUCAUUUCCUUUAGGGGUCUGAAGGUUACUCUGUGCGUUGUGGAUAUGUGCCUUUGGAAAGUGGGUCAAUAACUUUGCUCUAAACCUCUUCAUUCAUUAGAUCAAUAGAAUUAUUGGACUUCAAGACACAUGAUUUCCCUUUUUUUGGAAAACAGCCUUAUUGAGGUGUAGUUGCUAGGCAAGAGGCAUAACAUUUAGUGCAGGCAGUUUGCUGAGUCAUGACACGUGCACACACAGGGGAAGAUGACGGCCACGACAGUGGAACGUCCAUCACCUUAGACACCUCGCUGCACCUCCUUUUUGCUGUUGUACUGUGAGAACACAGCACGAGACAGCUUUCCAGGUGCAUGGGACAGCGCUCCUGCAGGCACUGCGCUGUAAGAGCUCCUGACCUACUCUCUCACAUAACUGAAAUGCAUGCUGGAGGAAAGCUCCCUGUCUCUUGUCUCCCCUCCCUAGCACCACCACUGUCUACUUCUGUGACUGUGGGGCUUCAGGUACUGCAAGCCAGCGGAACGUUGCACUUUUCCCUUUUCAUACGAGUAGCGUGCUUCUCUUCCCAGCUUAGCUCAUUUACUGACAGGUUCUGCAGGGGCAGGCAUCUAUCACAAUGACAUAGGAUUUCUUUCUUUUUG